AGUGGGCACUGUUUGUUCAGGGAAGCAGCUGAGUGAACGCGAGCCGUGACCUGCAGUUAUUAAUAUUCAUUUUUUAAUAUAUACAGACGAGCUGUUUACAGACGUUAAUCACGAGCAACCGGUGCACCUGCUGUUUUCAACGUCUGAAAGAAAAUGUAAGUUUGCUAGCCUAAGGUUAGCUUAAUUAACUGAGUAGUUAGCUUGGGAGCUAGCUAGGUAGGUAAUGAUAGCAUCUCAGCUGCUGGAUCUCCUUUUUACUAUGGAUAUUUGUAUAUCGGCACAAAUUCACUUCUUACUGGUUGACCUGCGCUGCACAACACAUUUAAAGUAAGUUAUAACACGGGUUUUGUCUGUUUGAGUGGCUACAUGACACAUGUUAGCUCGCAGAUCCCAGCUUAGAUUCCAGGUCGAGCCAGGAAAUGUUUUCUCCGCUGCAUGGACCAUCUAUACCGGCUCUUGAUUGAAAACGGUGUGUAACUUAAACGAACCAGUUACAGCUACGUAGCACGUUAUUGCAACUUCUAGUAACCUUUUUGAGCGGCGGCUUGACGUUACUUCUCUAAUGACAAAACAGCUUUGGCUGUAUGGAUGUCUGAAGCAGGAGAAUGAGAGCCCGCUUGGAAGGGAGAGGAUGCCACCAUCUUUCACCGAACACUGUCCUGCAUAACCUAUCUAUUAGCUGACCAACAACUGCUGGAGAGAACUGGGAAGCACAGUGCAGUGUGAGAGGCUACUGCUCUCGGCUUUAUUAAUUAGUCUCGUCCAGUUCUUCUGUCCCAUGGCUGCCGUUAGUGGUGUCAACAUGCCGUCCCAGCUCGGAGACGUGGCACUGGCAGGUCCAGGAGGAGCAGGGCUGCCUGCUGUGUCCUUCACCAACACGUCGGUGUCCUCCAGCCCGACGCCAGGUACUGAUAACCGGGGGUGCGAGAACGGCGCCUUGAUGGACUCGUUUGGGAUUUUCCUGCAAGGACUACUCGCUGUGAUGGCUUUCAGCACGCUAAUGUUGAAACGCUUCAGGGAGCCAAAACAUGAGAGGAGACCCUGGAGGAUCUGGUUUCUGGACACCUCAAAACAGGCCAUUGGGAUGCUGUUUAUCCACUUUGCUAAUGUCUACUUGUCAGACCUCACAGAGGAGGAUCCCUGCUCACUAUACCUCAUUAACUUCCUGUUGGAUGCUUCUCUGGGCAUGUUGCUGAUCUAUGCUGGGGUGAGAGCCGUCAGUGCUAUUGUAGAGUGGAGGCAGUGGGACUCUCUGCGUUUUGGAGAAUACGGAGAGCCAGUGCAGUGCACAGCGUGGUUGGGCCAGUGUAUCCUCUACAUCCUCAUCAUGAUGUUUGAGAAAGUACUUAUCAUGCUGGUCCUCCUCAUCCCCCAGUGGAAGAAGCUGGCUCUUCUCAACCCCAUAGAGAAUCCUGACCUGGAACUGGCCAUCGUCAUGCUCAUCGUUCCGUUCUUCAUCAACGCCCUCAUGUUCUGGGUGGUAGAUAAUUUCCUAAUGAAGAAACACAGGACAAAAGCAAAGCUGGAGGAGAGAGAGGAGGACUCACGAGGGAACAGCAAGGUGCGCUACAGACGAGCUCUGUCCCAUGAUGACUCAGAGUCAGAGAUCCUUUUCUCAGCAGACGAUGAAAUGGAUGAGUCGGAUGAGGAUGACGUUCGUCGGCUCACUGGCCUGAAGACAGUGAAGAAGAAGAAGCUACGCAUGGGGAUCCCUCCAGGCGAGGUGAAGAAGAAGAAGCGUCCCCCGAUGAAGGAGGAGGACCUGAAAGGAGCGCGCAGUAAACUGGGACUGAAGGGUGAGGUCAAGAGUAAGACCUAUGAGGUCAUGGUGGAGUGUGAGCGUAUGGGCAAAGCGGCUCCAUCUGUGUUCAGCGGUGUGAGGACGGGGACAGAGACAGCCCUGGACAAGCCUGCUGCUGCCAAAGCUCCUGGAGGCAGUGUGUUCAGCAAGUAGACACACUGCAGGAUAAAACAAUAGCACUGAAGAAACACACACUGUAGUCUUUAAGUUUCUGCGUCAGUGGUGAUGCUGCAUAACAUGGAUUGCAAAAAAAAAAAGAGAAGUUUUUAAUGAAGCAGGAUUUAAGAGAGAUAAAUGGGCUGGUGUUGUGCCAGUAGUGUACCUUGCAUUUUGGACAGUGCAUCAGACUUGGCUUAGGUUUGGACUGAUGUGGUUGAUGACCUGUAAAUGAGUUGUGACAUUUAUUUAUCAGUGUUGAGAAAGACUGUUAAAACAUUUGCUUAUUUGUUCUUUUUUUUUUUUUUUUACCUGACCACUUUUCCUAAAUAAAUUAUUUUCCCCUGUA